AUGGGCUGUUUAGUUACAAACAAGAAGAACCAACUUUGUUACGAAGAAAUUCCAUCUCGAAGGAUUAACACAGAAACAGGCAAUAGUGAUGACGGAAAUUGUGUAUGUUACCCGGGAGGACAAUCUCUUAUGCCCGAACUAUCGAACCUUCAAGCCAAUGGCCUAGAACGCCUCGUUGUGUACCUAUAUAAAAAUGAAAAUACCAAUGAGGUAUAUGUCUUCCAACCAAGUGCUGAAAAACAAUCACUUAUACCUGACAUACCAUAUACAUCAGGUGAUUCAAUAAAACCAGUGACUACAGAGACCAUCGUUUCGCUGUUUAGCAAUUAUCCUAAUAACUUAGAAUCUCAGCAGCCUGUCAGUACCCAGGGAGGUCCCAUAGGAUUAAAUAUAGGAAUAGUACAUCCUGAAACUAAACCAAAUUGGGCUUUCACAGGAUUUCCUAAGAUAAAAGAUCUAAAUACUCAAAUUCCUAAUAAGGAAUAUGUUAUCCCAUCACAGUCACCCCAUUUAGGUAGGUAUCGUAGCCAACAUCAGCAAUUCAAACCAAGUGCAUUCAAACUGAUUGAGAUGGAACCCAACCCCUCAUCCAAUUUCGACGAUAGUUUAGCACAAGCCGAUGUUAUAGUUGAUACUGACCCUAAAAAAGAUACUUGGCUUUAUAAAGAAAAAGAAAAUGUUAUUUCAUUAAAUUCUUAUCAAAAUAAAGCUACUAUACAAUCAGUUAAACCUCAAAUUGACUAUAAUAUCCAUGAGGCUGAAGUAAAUUUGCCUAAAAGAUUAUCAACAUUCGAUGACUGGUAUAAAGAACAAAUGGAAACUGUCCAGAACCAAAAAAUAUCGAAAACUAAUAAGGAUGUGAUUGACUCAGAUGGUCUCAAACCAUUGGUGCUGAAGACUUUGUUCGAUAAUAAUAUACAUAUAGGUGCUAAGGGGAUGAUGAUAGACGAUAGCGGUACACCAAUAGAUCUAAGCAAUUUGGAGCUUCGUCCAAUUUUAAUAGGUAGCGCCGUUAAUUUCCAAGCAUUAGAAUUAAACCCACAAUUAACGUUUCCAGAAACGUUACCAUACUUAGAAGGAAUAUUGAUCAUGCUUAUUCAUCCUUUCAAAAUUCUAGGUGUUAUACCUGUAGGAAAAACAUAUGUGUCUAGCCCUGGAGAGACUAAUAAUCCUAGUUUGAAGUAUGCUUACAAGAACUCAAAUCGAAUCGAUACCAAAACUGUUACAAGUUUUUCAAAAAUACCACUUUUUGCUGACCUUCAGACCCAAGCGACGAUAAAAUCUACCAACCCGUUUAAAUUACUUGAGCGACCAGUAUCAUCUGAACCAUCGGUAUUUUCUGUAAAUCAUAAACUACCAGAAACGUUAGUCUUAAAACCAUUAGACUCCGAACAAACCAAAUUUCCAAAUUUAUUGAAUCCGCUACCUUCCGCUGUCGAAGAACCGUUUAUACUUAGCUCUGGUUCCCAAUCUUAUGACGCUAAUAAACGCGUGAAAGAAACUAAUAGCUGGAAUUCUCUUUCGAAUUUAAAGUUGGAUUAUCAAAGUCCUGAUGGUCAAAUUAGUCACUUAAAGAACAGUCUUAUUAAAAGCAAUCUAGAUGUUAACAAUAAAUGGAACCUUGCCCCAAGUUCUGCGCUGAAACAAUAUUCAAGUUUCGAUAUUUCUACUCUUGGAAAUGAUAACCCUCAUUUAACUGUUUUUCCGUUAAAUGAUAAAGUAGCCUCACAGUUUAAAUCUAACAUCAACGCGCCUAAUAUAAUUGCGUUUCCAAUCAAUAGUCACGUAGGCUCUACGUCAAAUCCAUUGAUUAAAGGCCCUAGCUUAAGACAGGAAUAUUCUCCUAGAUUCAAUAACAAAUACCUUACUAUUGGACCAGACAUUGAAGACACAGUUGAUAGUAGCUUUUGGAGCUCGUUUUCAAACUCUGGGUGGGCAUAUAACAAUGGCUACCCCAGUGCACAGCCUCUUGCUCACCAACAGUCGCCAUGGACCAAUGGAUGGGGAGACGCCAUUAUAAAAUCGAUACCUUCUGUUCUUAACUCUGAAGCAACUGGAAUUAAAAUCUCAAACUUGAAUAAUUUAGAUGGCAGUCAAAAUCAGCCUUUGGCUGAGGGUGAUACACCAAUAGGAUCUACCAGAAGGUUCUCUAAUCCUGUGAUAAAGGGUGUUUUAAAAACAUUAAUUCAGAUGGUUAUAGACAAUUUGGUAAAUACGAAGAAUCAAGAAGGUGGACAACAGAAAAAACAUGAAACUGAAACAUCAGAAGUCAAAGUUAAUCAUACGUUAUUUAACCCUAACGCAUUAAAAUUAGCGGGCAAUGAGGACGGCGAUGGUCCAGAUUAUAGAAUAAUUGGUGGCUCGGCAGCCACAGGUAGUGGGUCGCCCCUAAGUAAUAAGGGAAGAAGUGGUUUAGGUAUAAUUUAA